AUGCUAAUUGGUUAUGUGGAUGAUUUAAUCAUCUCUGGGAAUGACAAGGUUGGAAUUCAGGAAACUAAGGACUAUUUACAUUCUGUUUUUGAUAUUAAAGACCUUGGUGAACUAAAAUACUUCCUUGGGAUAGAAGUGUGCCGAUCUAAAGAGGGCCUUUUCUUGUCCCAAAGGAAGUAUGCUCGAGAUAUUGUUCAUGAUGCAGGUCUUAAGGAUGCAAAACCCGCUAGAACUCCAUUAGAGGAUGCAUAUAAAGCUCACCAACAGGGGGAGAAUGAAGCUGAGAGUCUCUUUGAUGAUCCCAAGCUAUACAGAAGAACAGUUGGUAAGCUUAUAUACCUCACAAUAACUAGACCUGACUUGUGUUUUGCUGUGAAUCAGGUGAGCCAACAUAUGCAAGCCCCAAGUACAUAUCAUUGGAACAUGGUGAAUCGCAUUCUGAGAUAUCUCAAAGGAACCUUGGAGCAAGGGAUAUGGAUGGGGUGCAAUGGAAGCUCAGAAAUAGUUGGAUAUUGUGAUGCUGAUUGGGCUGGUGACAGAACUGAUAGAAGAUCAACAACCGGCUAUUGUACUUUCAUAGGAGGGAACUUGGUGACUUGGAAGAGCAAGAAGCAGAAGGUUGUGUCUUGUUCAAGUGCAGAAGCCGAGUAUAGAGCUAUGAGAAGACUUACAACCGAGUUGAUGUGGCUGAAGAUGCUUCUCUCAGAUCUUGGAAUAGA